AUGUUUCAGACAACCGCUCAGAUACAGCACACGUCACCCAUCUCCUCGGUUGCUGCAGCCCCAAAAGCCAUACAGAUGCUCCACGAUCAUGUCUUCUUCUUACAUUGUAACCCCUAUAUGUCAAAAUUCGAAGCCAUACACACCCCGGACCCUACUCCAUCGGUUCCUGACACACUUGAGGUCAAGCCUAUCGCAGCACCAGACUGUUAUUCGGUCACAGAUCGAAUUCACACCUUGCCAGCAGGGCUCUGGGACUCCGAUGUGGUUAGCUCAUAUGAGUUUUUUGACCUGGAAAGGGGUGUGUUUGUGAGGACUCGAGGGCCAAUGGGUCUGGUACUUGAGACUCUUUGGAGAAUUCAAGAAGCUGAGGAUGGAAGCCUGGCGAUCGUGGAGAAGGUCUCCAUUACAUGUUCCAGGCUGAUGAUGGGUAUGAUCAAAAGCUCGUGUGAGGCUGGAUGGAGAGGGGUUCAUGGAAAGAUGCUCGAGAGGAUAGAAGAGUCCUAUAAGUAA